AUGGAAGAAUCCUGUAUGAUUGAUGUAAAUAGUUGGAAAAGUCUAGAUUUAAUCCAAAUUGAUUCAAAACCAAAAAAGGGUGUUAUAAAUUCACUUUUCGAUGUAAUCAAUUCGUGUGUUACUCCAGGAGGGACAAAAACUUUAAGAAGCUAUUUAUUACAACCUUCAGCAAAUUGCCAAACUAUAAAUAAAAGAUUGGAUAUUGUGGAGGAAUUGGUAUUGAAUCAAUCGAUGUGUAGCAAAAUUCGAGCAGUACUUUCAACUUUAUCAGAUCUUCAAUAUAUGAUUUCAAUGUUUUCUUAUACAAAUUUGUCUAAUAAUAAUUUAGGAAAAGAAGAUUCUAAACGAAUUAUUAGAAAUAAAAUUGGGCAGGCAGUCUCUUUAAAAAAUAUGCUGGAUGCUGUUGAAAAACUUGGUUUUAUUAUGUCACAAUCUAGCUUGUCAUUUUUUGUUGAAAAUAAAAUGGUUUUCCUUUUAAUUAAAAAAUUUUUUAAAAAUUUUGUGCGAACUCGAAAUUUCGAAAUUUUUUUGGAUCUCGAAAUUUCGGAAAAGAAUUUUGAACUCGAAAAAUCGAAAAAUUUCGAGUUCUUUCGAUUUUUUGAGAUUUGUUAA